AUGAGAAAUUUGACGAAAUUAUAUUCAAAAUUAAAUAACAAAUAUGUACCCAUAUUUCCUUUUGAUAACAAUAGGAAUAGGUGUAAAAAAUCUGUAUUAUUAAAAUGUUUAAGUUCUAGGUCUAAUUUUUUGUUAACAUCUGGAAUAAUAUUAUAUAUCUUUUUACUAAUUAUAAAUUUGUAUGAUGCUAGAUAUGCUUCAAAUUUUAUUGUAAUAUGCGAUAGAAAUUUAAGUGAAACGAGUAGCUCUAAAAGUUCUGGAAAUUAUAAUGAAAGGUUAUUCGAAAUAAAUAAUUUGAGUAAUACACAAAAUAAUGGAAUUACAUAUGACAAGGAAUCAAAUGAUUUGUUUAAAAAGCGUGAAAACUAUCCUGGUAAUUUUAAUAAUGAUGAUAUAUCUAAAAGAUCAAUUAAAUCUAAAACAGAUGUAGGAUGUAAGGAAUCCAACAUAUCUAAAAAAGUAGGAGAUUCUAAAAUUCCAGGUAGAACAAAUAAAGUAAUUGAAUCUGAUGUAUUAUGUACAAUGAUGUCAUCUUUAGAAACAAUUGAUUCAAAUAAAAAUAUAAAGGAAACAGUACCUAACGUAUCAAAAAAAAGUAAAAAAGAUGUAGAAAGUAAGAAAGUGAAUAAAUGUAAGAAAAGUGAAGGACUUAAUGAUAUUAAUGAAUCCAGAAAAACACGAAAAAAAAAUGUGUCAACGAAAUCAAAUAAUAAUAAUAAUUUAUCAGUUGAAAAUGAGAAAGAUAGUGUAUCUGAAUCUUUUGAAAAAGUUUGGGAGGAUCAUAUGAAGGAAGGUGUUUUUUUAGAUGGAGAGAGAGAUACAUCACAUAGGAAAGAGACUGAUGAUGAAAAAGAACAUAAAAGAAAUGAUUAUGAGGAAGAAAAAAAAAAAAACGAUUUUGAUAAAAGAAGAAAAAAUGUUUCAUCUCCUGAUAACAGAUUUGAACAUCCAGACACAACAUAUUAUGAUAUAUUAAAUGUAAGUCCAGAUGCAGAUUCAAGUGAAAUUAAAAAAAGCUAUUAUAAAUUAGCUUUAGAGUAUCAUCCGGACAAGAAUCCAGGAGAUGAAGAAGCAAAAGUAAAAUUUCAAAAAGUGAAUGAAGCAUAUCAAAUAUUAAGUGAUAAAGAAAAAAGAGCUCAAUAUGAUAGUAUAGGUAUGCAAUGUGUUGAUGAUGUGACAUUAAUUGAUCCAUCUCUUUUAUUUAUGAUGUUGUUUAGUUCUGAAAAGUUAUGUGAUUAUAUUGGAGUGUAUGAUUUGACAUACAUGUUUAAUUUUAUAAUGAGAUCAAUGAAUGAAGGACAUGCUAAUGGGAUUAUAUUUAAUAUGUUUGGAUUUAUGAAUAAGUUUUUUGAUAAAUUUAAGAAAGAUCAAGAAGACAGAGAAUUUGAUUUGGCAGUUUCUUUAAAAUAUAGGUUAGAAGGAUAUGUAAACGGUGAUGAUAAUUGGGAGAAACAAUUGGAAAAUGAAAUAGGUGAUUUACUUGAAUCUAAUUUUUCUGGUCAUAUUUUAGAAUCUGUGGGAUGGAUAUAUGAGAAUGUAGCAAAAUGUUAUAUAUUAAAGAAUACAACAUUUAUGGGAUGGGGUGCGAGAUCAGCAAAAAAGGAAUAUAAGAAGAGAUACAAAAUGAAUUAUAAGUGUGUUUUUAGAAGUAUUUUUAAUACCAUGGGUAUGUUAGCAAAUUUUGUAAUGAAUCCUCCUCCAUUUAUGAUAGAUGAAGGAAAUAAGAAUUAUAAUAACAUGACACAAAUUAAGAGUAAUGAAAGUACAAGUAAUAAUUGUACUAUAUGUAGUAUGAGUAGUAAUAGGGGACCUUAUAGUUUACAAAAUAUUAAAAGACAAAGUGAUUAUAAUAAUAAAUUAACAAUGGAAACAUAUAUGAAAAAAAUAUUCGAUUCGUUGAUGUCAACAAUUGUUACGUUAUUUUUGAAUAUUAUCGAAGGAACUGUUAGAACAAGUUGUAAAAUGGUUUUAAUUGAAUUAGAUGUAGAUAAAGAUACCUUAUUUAAACGAGCGGAAGGUAUGAAAUUAUUAGGGGAAAAGAUGCAAAAAUUGGCUAACAUAAAAAAACGAGAAAGUGAAAAUAAAGAAAUGGAUUCUAUGGACCUUAUAGAAAAAGCUAUAAAGGAAGCAAAAUUGAAAAUGAAAUCCUAUAAGACGGAAAAUUGA